AUGAAGGGCUUCAGACUCAGUAGGACCAAGACUGAGUAUCUGAGGUGCGAUUUCAACGAUGCCAUGUCUGAUGUUGGGGAUGUUUUGCUAGAUGGGCAGCUCGUCCCUAGGAAGGACUCCUUCCGAUAUAUUGAAUCGAUAAUCCAAAGAGAUGGUGAUAUCGGCGGGGGCAUUCGACAUAGAACCCAGGAAAGGUGGGAGAAAUGGAGAAUGGCGACGGGCAUCUUGUGUGACCGAAAAGUCCCAGCAAAUCUAAAUGGAAAGUUCUACAAGAAUGUGACCCGACCUGUGAUGUUGUAUGGAGUGGAAUGCUGGGAAACUAAAACCCAGCACAUCAGAGAAUUGCAUGUAACAGAGAUGCGGAUGCUGAGGAUUGUGUGA